AUGUCUGCUCUCCUCCGUCUGUCGGCCCGCAGAGCCGCUACCACCGUCUCUCCUCGCUCUUUUGUCCUUGCUAGAGGCUUGGCUUCUUCCUCCUCCUCUACCUUUGACUACCAGUACCCAAAGACUCAAACCACCACCCUCGCAAAUGGCCUCACUGUCGCCUCCGAAGCUAUCCCCAAUGCUAAAACCGCCACCGUCGGUGUCUGGAUUGAUGCCGGCUCCCGCGCUGAAAACCAGUACAAUAACGGUACCGCCCAUUUCCUCGAGCACCUGGCUUUUAAGGGAACUACAGGCAGAUCCCAACAGCAGCUUGAGCUUGAAAUUGAAAACAUUGGUGCCCACCUCAAUGCUUACACCUCCCGCGAAAACACCGUCUACUAUGCUAAAUCCUUCAAGGACGAUGUCCCCAAGACGGUCGAGGUCCUCGCUGACAUUCUCCAGAACUCUAAGCUCGAGGAACCCGCCAUUGAGCGUGAACGUGAGGUGAUUAUCCGUGAAUCUGAAGAGGUUGACAAGCAGUACGAAGAGGUUGUCUUUGACCACCUUCACGCAGUCGCCUUCCAGAAACAACCUUUGGGCCGCACCAUUCUUGGCCCCCGUGAAAACAUCCUCGCCAUCACCCGCGCUGAGCUCACCAACUACAUCUCUAAGAACUACAAGGCCGACCGCAUGGUCCUUGUCGGCGCCGGCGCCGUUGAGCACGAAGAACUCGUUGCCCUUGCCGAAAAGCACUUUGCCGGCCUCCCCUCUUCCCCUACCCCCAUUGCCCCUGGCGCUGGCUCCCGCUCCGCCUUUGAUGUCCCCAACUUUGUUGGCUCUGAGGUCCGUCUUCGUGACGAUACCGUCCCCACCGCCCACAUUGCCAUUGCCGUCGAGGGUGUCUCCUGGUCUUCCCCUGACUACUACACCGCUCUUGUCGCUCAGGCCGUCAUUGGCAACUGGGACCGUGCCCUUGGCAAUGCUACCCUCCAGGGCUCCAAGCUUACCUCCAUUGUCUCCCAGAACCAACUCGCCAACUCGUUCCUCUCCUUCUCCACCUCUUACUCAGACACUGGUCUCUGGGGUAUCUACCUUGUUUCCGAGAACCGUUCCAACCUCGAUGACUUGGUUCACUUCACCCUUAAGGAGUGGAACCGUCUUUCCGUCUCCGUGACCCCUGCCGAGAUUGAGCGUGCCAAGUCCCAGCUUAAGGCCUCCCUCCUCCUUUCUCUUGACGGUACUACUGCCGUUGCUGAGGACAUUGGUCGCCAAAUCAUCACCACUGGUCGCCGCCAGUCUCCCGCCGAGGUUGAGCGCGCCAUCAAUGCCAUUACAGAAAAGGACGUCAAGGCCUGGGCCCAGAAGUACCUCUGGGAUAAGGACAUUGCCAUUGCCGCCUUUGGCUCUAUCGAGGGUCUCCUUGAUUACCAGAGAAUCAGAAACGACAUGAGCAUGAUGAGAUGGUAA